CAAGAGAUCAAGAGCUUCAACUAUUCUCCUGCAUCAAUCAUAAAUAUUGUAGAAGAAUAUAUCCACCUGGAUUUGAACAAGUUGAAAUUCUAAGACUUAGAUCUACCAAAUUUCAGAAGUUUAUCGUCGACUGACAACACUGAGCCCAGAGGUGACAAACUGAACAGCUUGAAUAGGUAGGUUAACAGUGCUAAAGGACUUUCCGUUCAUAUAAGCUUUUGCUACAUCGGCGAGGUGCGAAAUACUGAAAAUUGGAUCUUAGAAACUGACUCUGAUAGGUUAAAUGAGCCAAAUGAGUAUCGCUCGAAGUGGUAGAUUUUUCAAGUUGGUUUAAUUGUAAUUCACUAUUUAAUCAUGUGUUUUCAUUUAAAAUCAUGCGUGUAACGGUCAAAGUAGCAACGUAGAGGCCGUAAUUAGCCGAAGAGGCUUCUUCUCUCCCAGUUGCCUUUAUUCAAUCGUGAUUAAAAUUAAUGAGUCCUGUGUCUUGUAUUACAAUUCUUUUGUACAUAUUUUUAAAAUACCAUUCUCAGCUCCGCUAAGUUCACUGUCGACUAACUAGUGGUCUAGAGCGAACAUUUCGGGGGCAAAAGCGGCGCUAAACUUUGUUCGCAUAAGCUUUCACUUUUAGCGCAUAUUGUUCGAAUAAAGAAUCGAAACGUUAAGACAAUACCAAACUUUACGUUUCAUUUUGUAACUUACUGAAAAGAAUAUUAGAACAAAGCAAAAGCACUUUUCAAGAGUUUUAAGUUGAAUGGUCACACUUAAGCUUUCAUCAAGAUACCUUAAACAUGAGCAAGUGAGUUUAUUUCUCCACUCCGUCUAUGAUUUAAGGUAAGAAUUCAGUUUCCUUUAAUGUUGCUGAUAAAUUCAUUUCUUUACAUUUUUCUCCAAUAUAAUUAGGUAUAUUUACAUUCUGAUGAAGUUCUCUCUCUCUUGAAAUGGAAGCAUUUUAUGGAUAUUGGUGUAAGUAUCUUAUUUAAGAUAGCAUAAUUGACCAUUGUUUAUAGAUAAAAAUAGCUAUUGUAGCGUAGCAACCAGUAAUGAUCUAGAGAACUGAUCUGAUAUGAGGUGGUGUAGUUAAAGCUAAGAGGGCAACACAUUGAAUCAUCCAAACUACAACAAUGUGUGGAAUUUUCCACAAGCAAGCAACCUUCAAAUAUUUAUUUUGAGAUAAAGUCAGUCAUAAUAUAAAUGCCUAAAACCGGCGAACUUUGCGCCUCGUAUAUAAGCGGAUAUCUGAAAACUGAAAAAUUUGACAUGCGGAACCCGGAAUCUAAGCCGGUCUCUGGAAUCUUCAAUCUCAAUCCCACUUAUGAAAUACUGAAUCCAGACACUGGAAUUCAUAUUUCGGGACGCUAGUAGUCGGGUACGUUCACUCUGAGGUGAUUAUUCUUUGCCAAAAUAACGCAGCUCAAUACAAACAAGGGUAUUACAGAGUGAGACUAAUGGUCUGGUUAUCCCCUCUCGAUUUUAUUGUCGAAAUAAUAAUAAUAAUAAUAAUAAUAAUAAUAAUAAAUAAUACGAUGAAUAAAUAUUAAUACUUUUCGCACAGUUGUUUCCCCCUAAAAGUUGCAGAGGCACGUAUCCAGUGCCCUUAAUCUUAAAUCUGAGAUUCUCUCACAUGACUGAACACUAGGAGCCGACUACACAUCUUUAUUAUGCUUUCAAAACGAUACUGAACCCUAAGUUGUACCAAGAAAGGAUUUCUCUAUCAAAGUGAACUGGAAAUAACUUGCUUGCAGAAACACUAUAAAAACUGAUUGGACUGUGAAAUUGAAGUCAAUGCACGAGUCUCGCUCACGAGCUAUAUACUUAGUUCAAGUUUAUCAGGGAGAAAAAUCAUCUGUAUGCACUUCACUUGUUUUCAAUCCUCUAUUACGAUUUGUGUGGACAGCAGUCAUGGACAACAUGACCUGAGGGGACAGGGAAUGACGGAAUCUCCCCAUCAUUCCGCGCGCACAUCUCGUUCAGUUCUGCCCACUGUGAAAACUUUGAAGUACCACGCAUACCUCACAUAUCGAAUGAAAGUCCAUCCACAGUACCUUUUCACACUGCUUAUAGGUUAGUCUUAGAAAUUUUUGACUUUCUUUUCCACCUUAGCGGUAAUUACUAGUAGGUUAUGUAUCGUUGUUUUUCUCAUAUUUGAUCUCUCUCUCUCCUUUCCCUCUGGACCAAUAGCUGAUUCUCUCUUGUCUAGACUAGAUGCCCUUGUGCUUUUCAAUUAUUGUUAAGCCCUCAGUUUGACGCGUUAAGAUCUCUUUUUAUCUCCAUGGAAGUGGAUAAUAAUAAACAUCAAAGUUUUUAAGAUCUUGAAAACGUAGGCUAUAGGAAGUCUCUUCUGGCUGCGAAGAAAUGUGACGUAACGGGGCCAUAUAAUUAAGUAGUUCCCAUUCCCUCUCGUUCUUAACAUCUACGAUUUCAUCCACAUAUGCACCGUUUGAAAUCUCCCGGAUGUAGAUACGUGUUGGACCCUAAAACAAAAAUAGAUUGUUUGGUUGUUUUAAGAAUAGUUAUAUUUGAAGUACUACUUAACUGGUAAUUGAAUUUGAAAUGCCGUCACAUCUCAGCGGGAGCCUCUACAUGAGGAGGAGAGAGGUCACAUCUGAAUCUUAAGUUAGGCUUUUGUGAGGGUAUCCACCGGAGCAAGAAAAAAUUGACAAAGUUCCUCUUCGUUGCAAUAUCAUGAUAACAUUCCGUUGCAAUGAAAGUGUAGUACACAAAUUUCAACUGGAGCUUUUUUCUCUUCCCUCCAAUAAUUAUUUUUUCUGACAUGAAAGGCUAUACUUUGUCAGAACGAGAAGUCCAAAGACUACUGCCAAGCUGAUUCAGAACAACGUGUAUUGUUUUUUCAAAACAAUAUUUCGGCUGGCCAUACCAGCCUUCUUCAGGUUUACAGAUGUUACUGAACUUAAUACGUAUGAGAAUGUCGCAAUAAAAAUUGUUUAAAAAGCAGAGGCGGACAUGACGUACAACACAAAAACUAGAAAGAAAAAAACAAUAAGGAUAUAGAUUACAACAAUUCGUCACGGCGGUUUAGGCCAUGAGGUUCAAGAGUCAUGGCCUUAUCUAUCAAAUGCGACUCUCGGGCCUUACGAACUGAGUCACGUGAAGACCGGGGGAGGGACUCCGCAUAUGAAAGGGGUGGGGAUGCUUGUCUGAUAUUGAUAUUGUGAUUCUUACAUAAGUUCAGUAACAUCUGUGAAGAAGGCUGGCAUGGCCAGCCGAAAUAUUGUCAUGAAAAAAACAAUACACGUUGUUCUGAAUCAGUUUUGCAGUAGUCUUUGGACUUCUCCUUUUUGGUUCUUUAUAUUUUGGCUGAUUAGAUCUCUUUUCUAGAGAUCCAACGUUUAAACUAGCAGGACCUUCGUCCACGGUUUUUGCAGUUAAUUUAAUCCUUUUAUACUUUGUCACCAGUUUUCAAACUGAUCUGAUUGGGAUUUUUUUACGGCCAAUUUAGUAAAACUGCAUGACCAGAUUCCUACGGUGUUAAUUACACCUUUUUUGCAUGCUCCCGUGUUGCCACAUUCUCGUUCCCGGAGAUUCGAUCCUUUUGAUCAGCGUCCAAAAGGAUUGAAUCUCUGGGAACGACAAAGGUGUUGCCGGGGCACGAUUGCACUAUGUCGAGGACGCGUAUAAAGAAUAUGGGGCGCAUGAUAGGCCAAGAGGCUAAGCAAACAACUGUAAAAUGGUCUUUUGCACGUCCUGAAUACGUAUUUUUUUUUGUCACAUAGUUGAAGGUAAGUAGUUUAGUUUGUCACCUGUGAUCCAAGUAAGUCGUCGCACUUCUUUCUCGAAUUUAUCGUUUCCCGCAUGCUACUUUCCAGGCUCACAUUUCCAGAUGACCUUACAUCAUAACUGCGGUGGCUCUCAUUUUUUGAAGUAUCUACGUCAGUCAUAUUAUUCCUUUUUUUCUUUCUGUUGUACAAUACUUUGUUCUUAUUUCCAAUGUCCUUCUUUGUUUCGUGGUCCUCUUGAAAUCUUGAUCUAGAUCUACGACAAACAAGAAAAAAACAAAGAGAGCAAAAUUUUACAUAAAGAGUGACUAACAAGCCCCGAAAGGCCUUGUCCACCCGGUGAACCUAAGUUGCUUCCAAAAUAUGUUUUAAACUGGGUUUCUGAGUCUGCUAACCAUAAAAUUCUCAGUGUAGGUCCCAGGGAUUUUCUCUUUAAAAAUGGCAACGAGGCUGUCUCUCGCCUCAAAUUUUACCAAUCAAAAGUAAGGCUUUAUGGUAACAAUUUGUGUCUUGUUGUCGAGAGCUUUCCAGCACUGCAUAUGGCAUACUGGCAACUACAUUUGCUGCCGGUUAUAACAUUGUUUACAACUGGCUGGAGAAUUAUUUCUUUACAACCUAGCCUCCGUGUCAGGCGUCGAAAGGGAGGGAAAUUUGGUCGGGAUACCGCGCUGGAGGAAUAAGAGAGAAGGGGAACUCCCCGUCAUGCGCCUUUCUCGCUUCUCGCGCUGCCGGAAUCCCCUUCCUCUUUCCUUUCAAAAGCCUGCCACGCAAGCUAUUUACAACCUAAAGUCGGAACAACUCUACAUGCAACUUACUGAUUUAGCAUUCCUCUGUAAAGAGCAUAUCUCUUCACUGCCGCACUAUGUUUGCAGCGAGAAGUGAAGUUCUCUUCUGAAGCUUUUGUCAUUUGCUCUUCACUUUUAGACUGUACUGUUUUUCCUAAGUGGUAGGUCUGUUCCUUUCCACUUGAAAUCUCACUUUCUUCAUUCAUUUUUUCUCCUCUCAAAAAAGAACGAUAGACUUUUGCUUCUCGCGACAUUCUGGAUGUUGGUUUUGCACCUUGUUUCGAGGGUGAUAGGACUGUAGCAGGAAAAUGAACUUUUUUCUUGUCAAUAUUCGAAGCAAAACACCAGUCGCUACCAGUUUCUUUAAAGCGUGCAAAUUCUAAAUGCCUCACGCACGCGCUCCUAGGUACUCUCUUGUCUGAUGUCAUCCGUUGUGACAUACCACUGGUAAAAAUCCACUAUUUUAUCUGCUGGUAACAGGCGAAUGGGACAAUUCUUGCUUCCUCGUGUUUUUGCGAGACGUUCAUUGUUACGGUGCAUAAUUCCCCAUAAAACUAUCUGACAUUUUUCUAAGGCAAAAAAAAAAAAACGAAAUGAAGUAAUUACUUAUUAACAACCUCAAAUUACUACGUCAUUUUUGAAAUUCCGUAAACUCGUUACCAGGGCCCCUCUAAGUUCGAAUAAGUAGCCCUACGUGCUAGUUUCAGAAUAUGAAAGGUUUGAACCCAGGAGUCAUUUCAUAAGUAGAAUGCUAUAAUGGCAGACGUGAUUUGAGCCAAAUAAACUAUAACUAGUGUACCUAACAGGUAAAAGAUUGUUGCCCUGGUGCAUCGUCCAAUUUGUUAGGUUUGCUAGCGAGCGCAAUUAGAAUCCUUUGUGUGUAGCGUUUGUGAAGCAAUAGGCCUUUUGCACCAGUUGAUCACGUGAUCAAUUUUCUGUAAGCCCGACGUGAUCAACUUUCUGUAAGCCCGAAAACAGUUCUCUUUUAACAAGUUUAAAAAUUUCAAAAUUUACAACGAUUUGUAUGCAUGGAAAACCACUUAAGCUUGACAGCUAGGUGGCAAGAGUUGUUUUUCUUAUACAAAUCCCCCUAAUAUUCAGCGGCCGUUUCAAUCGCUACUUUUGAGAUAUACGGCAGAAAAUUUACAGGUUACCAAUUUAAUACGCUCUUUCAGUUCCUGCUAACAAACUUUAUCAAAAGCGCGCUAUUUUAGUGUUUACAGAAAGUUGAUCACGUGACCAACUAUUGCAAAAUGCCUAUAGUGUUUGUCCAGUCAGCAAAAGUUUUACACUGGUUUAACAUUAUCUUCUAGAAUUAUUGUGAAAUGAUAGUUUAAUAAGACCACAGGUGUAGAAGAUAAUCAAAAAGACUUUAAAAGAAUUACGAAACAAACACACAUUACGUUCUUCGAGAGAUUUCGACUCUUCGAUAGCGGCAGACAUAAACAAGAAGGUAAUCACCGGCACAUGCAGUGUGAAGUAAUCGUUGCUAUUCAUGCCAUGAAAAAGAAAUUCAUCACAGACACAUUGGGCGCGCAAGGCAUUGUGGUAAAAAUCCGGUGCAUUGUGGUUAAAAAUCCAGACGCAUGAUCGUGGGUAGAAAUCGAAAAUUUUUGUCCCUGUGCAGAUUAGGUUUGCGGUCUUGCUCGCUCGCGCGGCCGACAGCCGUGCUUACCACUUCAUUGAAGAAGUGUGUUCAGCACCCACUCAAUCAGUUACACGCUACAGCCGGUACCUUUUAACUUUUUUGUGCCACGUUCUCAUUCCAAAGCUUCAAAGAGACAUCUAAGUUUGACUUGAAAAUCGUUGGUUUUUUUUUUUGUUUUCAAAAAUUGGAAUUUUUUUUCGAAAAUCAGAGUUUGUUUUAAAAACUCGGAGUUUGAAAAUAAGAGUUUGGUUUCAAAAAUUAGAGUUGUAAAUGGCAAUUUUUUUCCGAAAAUCAGAGUUUGAAAACCGAAGUUUGUUUUCAAAACUCGGAGUUUGAAAAUCGGAGUUUGUUUUCAAAAAUCAGCGUUUGUAAAUCAGGGAGUUUGUUUAAGAAAGUCGGAGUUUGAAAAUUGGAGUUUCACAAUACAGUAGUUGAACCUCUCUAAGAAAAUCUUGAAUUCAGGAUUUUGGAAAGCUAAAAUCUUGAAAUCGGCGAAAAUCUUGAAUUCACGAUUUUGGAAAGGUAAAAUCUUGCAAUCGGCCAAAAUCUGGAAUUCAGGAUUUUGGAAAGCUAAAAUCUUAAAAUCGGCCAACAUCUUGAAUUCACGAUUUUGGAAAGCUAAAAUCUUGCAAUCGGCCAAAAUCUUGAAAACAAAGCCCCCAUUUUGCAAAAUAAAUUCCGAUUUUCGAAAACAAAUUCCAGUUUUCAACAAAACAAACACCGAUUUCCAAGUCAAACUCAGAUGUCCUUUUAAAACUUCCGUAUUUGACUUUACCACCUCUUUGUGUCCCCAUACAUUUCGUCAAAAAUCCGGUAUUUUGCUUCCACUACCCGAUCGAACACACAAAAACAAACAAUAUGACAUAGAGGCAUGCAUGGGCGCGUCGGUUCAGCCAGACCCAGCGCACACUUUUAAUUUUUAAUUAUAAGCUUACGUGCAUUAUAUAUCAUCGUUACAGUAAAAUGAAUACGUCACAGCCGGAUGUGCACGUAAACCCCCCCACCCCCUCAGCCCCCCCCAAAAAAAUACAGGAAAAAUAGGGACCGUGUAACCCCAACCAAUGCUGUGGCGUCGCCUUGGGUGUUUAAGCCAAUCUAAUUGAAGCCGUUGUAACAUGUAUAGAAAACCGAAGGCUAAUGAUAAUAACAGCAACUAAGAAGUAUACGUCAUAUUACAACUGCGAAACGAACUAAGCCUAACAGAACAAACCAAAAACCAAAUUUAACAACACAAGUUGACGCGGUGAGGCUGACCAUAGAAAGACAGUAACUAUUUCAAACCCCCAAAUUGCGAUACCUCGCGCGCAGCACUUAACCCCAGUUCUCCGUACCGUGCCAUUGGCAAAAUAUUAAUUUAUGUCAAUCCUGAUGAACACAAAUUACAUUUUAUCUCAUGCAAAUGAUUAACUUUUUAGGUCUCUUUCUUUGCCCUAGAUUCGCGAAUCAUGGGUGAUCUCAGUGAUCUAUUGACCAUGUUUUAGUUUUUGUUUUAGUUUUUCAAAUAUAAAAUAAUAAAUACUAAUUUGUAUUUUUUUCGCUUUUACAAAACAUCGUCUCUUUUCGUCCCAAAAUUUUGUUAUAGCUCUGCGUUGUUUUCAACUUAUAUCAUGAUUAUACAUAAUGUGGAAACAGAGGAUAAUCUCGGGGGAUAAUCUGGCUUCGUCCCAUGCCGGAUGCAUAAAAUAUCGCAAAAGAAAAGAGUUCCGCAGUGCCGGUGACUACAGUGUUUGGUUGUACUUCACUCAACCCACAGUUGUGAUGUUUUAUGGACUAAAACCCGACAAGAUACACUCCCCCUGGAAAUGUUGUAACGUAAAUAUUUCAGUUUAAAAUACAAGAAAUAUCUUCUAACUAACCUUAGAUUUCAAGCGCCGGUCUCUAAAACCUGCAAAAUGAACGGAGAUGCCAACAGUUUCCUGUUAAGCUCAACAAUGAAUUUUUUCUUUCGAAUCAGUUCUUUCGUCUUUGUUUCUUACCAAUUUCAUUGACAUCUGGUGUUUGAUUUUCUUAUGAAUAAACAUUCCCUUUGUGUAUGCUUUGUUCCUUGGAAACACUAAUGCAAAAUUGUAUGUUUUGUAUAAUUUUUGUUCCGAAACAAUCGCUUUUCACCACUAUUUACCCAAGGGACUUAAUGAGAUCUUUUGAGUGCUGUUUUCUAAUUUUAACCUGCAUUGUCGCACAAUAAGAAAAACUAAAACGGGCAAAAAUGUAUAAAUUUGAAAAAUAUAAGAUUUUUCUUGGCUGGUCCGUCCAAGGGUCUCUUUUUCGAUGGAAAAGCUCAGAACGAUUCAAAAUUCACAGUGUCAGGAAAUUAGCAGAAGAGAAUGACAGUAUUAUGAGUCCCUGGUCCCUGCACCAGAUGGAAAGAUGUGAAAGAGCAGGCGCCUAUUCCUGCUUCAAGCUAACAUACACACAGUCUUUUCAUACGUAAGAAUUUUGUUUUCCCAGCCCGGACUGAAUAUUCUUAUUUUUCUGUGGAUUUAGGCUGAGAAUAUUCUUGAAUUAUAGCUUAUGGCUUACUUUCCGCUUUAGAAUGUAUUCUGCCUCCAGUUACCAGUGUUCUUUCCGUUUCAGUAAAAGGAAUACAGUCCACUCUCUUUUAAUGGACACCUCUGUGAAACGGACACCUAGAGUUGGUCCCUGCCUUUGUUUAUUCCCUUUAUUUGACUCUUUACAAGACGGACAUCUCUCUAAGACGGACACUUAGUGCCGUUCCCAAAGGUGUGCGUCUUGAGAGAGUUGACUGUAAUAGUUUUACCGUUAAGUUAAAAACAUAUAAUUGCACUAUAUAUACAGAAUUUCAAACAUAAAAUUAUAUCCUUUUCAAAAUCUUUGUCUCAGGUUUAUUCUCAAAAUAUUCUAAAAAAUUUCACAAAUUUCGGCCUCAAUAUUCUUAUAAAAUAUGUCCUUUAAAAAAGGAGUGUAACCUGAGAGCGUUUUCACAUGACGUCACGUCCGCCAUAUUGGUAUCGCCCCAUAUGAGGGAAUCUGGGAAAUGUUUGCUCGUGAAAUCUGGAAUUCGGGAAAAAUUUGCAUGUAAAAUCCGGAAUCGUAGGCUUUGGAAUCCGGAAUCCCUCUAGUGAUUGGAACCCAUAAUCCAAGUUUCACUGACAAAGAUUGGAAUCCAGUACCUUCAACCUCGUCCCCAGGGUUGCAGUUUCUGGAAUCCGGAAUCCGUGACGUGGAAUCUAGAAUCCAAGACUGUCUUGGAUUUUCUUUCAUGGGACGAUUGGUAUCUCAAAACAAUGAGACGGCAGCGAUGUUGGUGUCCUAAACCAGUCCUGUGGGAGUUGAACGUAUCGUUUUCCAAUCAAUUUAGGUUUCUGGGAAACUGCCCACCUACCCCUCCCCUAACCUAACUUUAGCACUUACUUCUCACUUUGGGCAAAAUAAUGGCUUAGCGGAGGGGUAGGUGGGCAGUUUCCCAGAAACCUAAAUUGAUCCUCGUUUUCUUAUGUAGAAAUUUCUGUGGUUCCAGAUCAGCUAUCACAGGAGCCCAUCAAAUGGAGCUUCCAUCUCCAUUAAUUUCUUGAGUCAACCCUUUCCCGAGUAGAUUUAUUAAUAGAACAGCUUGUUUCCCGCGAAAAGUGUCAUAUUUCCGUGAGUCUCGUAUGUCACCGUGAAAAAAAUGAAGUUGGAUGAAGUCGAACUCAGAAGCCCGUCCUUCGACCGUUUUCCUUUUUUACUAUACGUCCAUUUUUACAGUUUUACAGCCGCUGGGAUCUGGGAUGAAAUAAAAGUUAAUGAAUUACCCGACUGAGACUGAGCAUGAAGCGAUGGGACAAAGGCAGCUCCUGGCUCCUGGCUAUCAUUAUUAUCAUCGUUUUUCCCGUCCUCCACCUCCUCCUCAGUCCUCCUCAGUCCCCCUCCUUCUCCUCAGUCCUCCUCGUCCCUCACCUCCUCCUCCUCCACCUCCACAUCAUCAUCAUCCGUAAUCAUCAUCAUCAUCAUUAUCAUCAUCAUUAUCAUAGUCAUCAUUAUCGGAAUUAUCAUUGAUAUUAAAACCUGGUACUGAAACUUUUGUUCUUUGUCCAUCGUAGUUUGAUAAAAAAUAAACACAAACAGCGGUGAUAAACAUAUUGUGAGUUUUCUUAUUUUUAGAAACUUGACGUUUCAUAUGCUAUUCAACAUACAUUUUAAAAGUGAUCUUAAGUGACCGUUAAAGAAAAUGACGAGACUAUAUAUUCAAAAAAUUACAAGGGUCUGGAAAUGAGAUUAAGAAUUUAUCAGAUAAUUAUUACGACAUCCAAAACUCAAGUUACGUGGCUUUUGUUCUUUGCAGAUCGUGUUAUAAAAGUUAGUCGAACUGGCUUUUUGAUUUAUUAAGGUACCGGAAUUUUGAGGUCUUCCCAGUACUGCCCGAGGUUGAAGCUUUCCUUUUGGUCUUGCCUGCGAGAUAUGAAGGAGAGGCGCGAGGGAGAAAAAGCGAGGAAAAACAUGAAGGAAGAAGCGGGGCUCUUCCCGUCACUCGUUUUAUUUUUUUCGAGCUUUUUUUUACUUCGGGCCGCUUCUCUCGUGAACUAUCUGAACGCUUAGCCUGCGUAGCAGGCGUCGAAAGGGGUAGGGGGUAGGGGAUAGGGAGGAAGGGAAAAAGGGGAGGGGAUUGGGGAGAGCCUUUCUCCCUCCCCCCCCCCCCUCCCCCUUUUGCGCCUGCCCCGCAGGCUAUGAACGCUCGGAACGGAUUAUUUCAUGUCUGUUAUUGGUCCCUUUAUUCAAAUCUCAAUACACCAAUAAAUUUCAGAGCUGGUCACCCUAGAAAGAACACUAUUCAAUUUACCGCCCUCAGAAACUUUACUUUCCUUAUCAACUGAACUGAACUGCCAUUUCAAGUCAUUAGAAAAGGUUACCAGGGAAACAAUUUCCUCUUACCGACUCUAUGCGGAUCAGACGAUUUCAUGCGUAUUGAUCAAUAUUCAUCUUAAAAUAUUUCCUCAAGGUUUAUGCUUCACCCCUUUUUAUUGUUAUCACUUAUUGCAAAAUUCGAAACUUUUUCUGUAUCGUAGCCGUACUUCUCAUAUUUCACACUUCCGGUUCUAAAAAUACCAUUUGGUAACACGUCACUUCCACACUUCCGGUCAUGGUAUUCUUACGAAACAUGACGAAAGAGGUGAAUUCUUAAUUUGUGAAAAGUGGUGCGCAAAAAAUACACUUUUAAGUGUAUUGUUUUGAAUAACAGUCGAAACAUUAAAAUGUUUCUUUGCCGGUUAUCAAACAAUUAUCUUGCUUUGUAAUUUCGAUUAAUUUUUUUAGUAUUCAUUCAUAGGUGAUUGGAAAGUAAUUCGUUGCAAUUUCUAAGUGUGGCAAUUCAAAUAUGAUGAGACAAGCCUGAAAACUGCAGUAAGUUACGAAAGAACAAAGAAUCAAGUCGAAACAAAUUGCGAAAGUUUUGUUGCUGUCCUCAGCUGUUCAUGUCGUAGCCUGCGAACACAGAUGUAUUUCCGGUCGUCGCUUCUCUCUACCUGAAAAAUGUUUUUCGGGUGGAGAGCCUCCCACGCAGUCGUUCUUAAGGGUUCUUCACGCGUUCCUGCCCCAUUAGAACGUCUACGUGUUAGGCAAGUCAAGCGACGACCGGAAAUACAUCUGUGUUCUUUUCAUGAGUUGUGACCGUCAUGAGGUCAGCGGUAAUUUAAGCAUGCGCAAUGAGGGCGCCAAAAGCGUAUUAAUUUACCCCGAUUGUUGUCGAUUACUUUGUACUAAUUUAGUAGCGUUUUUUCAUCUGCGAAAGUUUCGGAAGCUUUUAACGGAAUACUUCUCUUUUGGUAUAUUCUAUUUGGUUAAAGCAAGGCAAUUUGAUUGCAAAGGAAGAUUUUGAAUCGCGUUUUAUUUUGAGGUAAGUUUUGUCCUUUUGGCGGUUACCUUCCUCUGAUAUGAAAAUGGCGUUUGUGCGAUAUUUUGCUUAAAGCUUUUUAUCGCUUUUUGGUCUAAGUGUCUCAUGCAGGGCGUUUUCUCUUCGAAUUUCAUAAUGCCAAUGAAUUUUGCUAAAGAAAACUAAGCACGUAGAAGUUUAUGUUUUCUCACAAUUUAAUUCGCUUGAAAUUUAGUGUAGUUUUUAUCCCUCAAAUUUUAUCUCUACUAACUUCUUUAUAUGACGCAAGGCCUUUAUAAUUUGGCUCCUAAACGCAAGAGUGGACAACGAAAAUUAUUUUAAACUUUGGUUAUUUUUUAUCCAAAAUAUACUUUUCUCUAAACAAUUGGUCUUGUCGAGGACAUGACCAACGGAAUGGAAUUGGAGAAAAAGUAUUGAACUGAACACAGAAGCAUCGAUCGUCAAACAAAAACUGCUUUGAAAUUAGGAGAGUGUGAUCAUUGUUAAACAUAAGCUGAAGUUCAACUACCGAGAGAUUUGCCAGCAAAUUCUCUUGUUAGCGGAAUCAUUUCAUACUUAAUUUCGAUGACUGAAUGUUGGAAAGGAGCAGAGAACAGCCAGGGAUAGUGAAAAACUGAAGAAAUUCUUGAAGAGUAAAGUCUAUUGCUUGGUGAUCCAGGGCGAGCGUUUUUAUUGUUCUCGAAUCCUUCGGCGCAAAAUUAAAUGUUGAUUGUGUAGUUUUAUUUCUGAAAAGAUUUGCCUUUGAUUCUUUCAAUCGAAAUUCUUUAACCUCAAUUUCCUUCAUCGGAAUUAAUAGAUCAGACUUGCUUGAACCUCACGUUGUUCCUGCAAUGUUACCAUUUAGGCCUUUUCUGUUUACUUCGUUUAUUUGUAGAAAAUUCUAUCCAAGCUAGGGAUUUUGAUAAUAUUAUAUCUACUCAGUUCGAACUGGCCCUGCUAGUUGUCUAGGAGAGAUGAAAAUUUGAAAUUAUUGUUUUAAGCUUGUGAAAAACCUAAUGAUAUCCUUCUGUAGCAAAAAUUCUCCUGUAGCUCUGUUCCGAGCAAAUUAGUGGGUAGCAAUGCAAAAGUUCACUCAUUCACUAUCUUUUAACACCCUUCUAUGGUGGUUGUUUCUUUUCACUAAUGACAUAUUCACAGCAUAACACAUGAUAAAUAUGGCUGCACUUUCUUUACCCUUGUGUACUACCCUCAAGACUUGAUAUGUUAGCCAAAUGAGCAGAGUUCAUGUUUAUGCCUUGAAGAUUUUCUUUGUAUGCAGAUUGUACUCCUUAGCUUUCAUGAACACUCAAAUGCCUGCAAAUUCUAAGCACAUAUUUCUUCUUGUAAAUGGGAAGAGCAAAAAUAUUGUAAGGGCUAUUUUUAUGGAUUUUCUUCUUUUGUGCUCUUCUUGAUUAUUUCAUUAUUUUUAUCAAUUUUGUUGCACAGCACUGGUACAGGAGAGAUUGAAGUCCAAAUUCCAGUACUUCUCACAAUCAAACACCCUGGAAAUUGCUGUUUUUGGCUAUUUAAACUAGAGAAUAAUUUUUGAAGAAUACAGCAGAACCCCUGUAACUCGAACUUCUGCCCUGCUAACUCAAACUACAUGUAAGUCCCAUUUCCCUUAGAUUUGAAUGAAUCUAAUUUUCAGUCAUUUUCACUUGGAUAACUCAAACUCGGAUGACUCAAACUCCCCGCUUACUCGAACUAAUUAAAUUACUUUUCCCUUGAUCAAAAUUUACCUUGAUAACUCAAAUUCUGGUUCUUGCCACUCACCACACUCACCAUGAAUGCCUUUCCUUUAGCUCUUCUUGCUGUGUCAGGGCUUGAAAUUAACUUUUUGGAUAACUAACCCUUUGGGUUAGUGGGAUAAAUUUUUCUUACCAAAUUAUAAAGUUAAUUAUCCAAGCGUCUGUUCUUGAAAUAACAAUAUUUUAACUAUUAAAUUUAGUGCUAAUAAAUGGGGCAAAGUAAUGUAUGGAUGGAUUAAUUCAAAUUACAUGAUGAUCUGCAAAACAAAAUAACAUAGAAGAUAGUCUAUUUUUAGUGCACAUUUACAUUUUCCUUUCAAUUACGUUACGCAAGGGCGGGAAAUUCACCAUAAACACUGCAAAAUGUUGUUUGUUUAGAAUCAUCGAACUGCAGCCAGGUAAAUGCCUUUUCGAAUUCUUGGUAGAAACUUCUUUUAUUCUUCAUGUGCCCUUUUUUGUGUGGGAGCCUUCUGUAGUGCUUGAAACUGUACUUCUUCUUUGUCAUUAUUCUCGAUCCUCUAUUUCUUCUUCACAAAUUUCAGGCGGCAACCUUUUCCUGAAAUUACAAUCCAAGGAUCUCUGUAUCUGAUCUGUACAAUAAAUAGGUUGUACGAUGCGAACAAACCACUUGCAAAAGAUAUAUUAAGGCUGUGUCCAGAUCUCCCCAUCCAACAGAAGCCUGGUUAUCUUGUGUUCAAUGAAAUGCGCGUUUUUCGUGUUGUUUGAUUAUGCUUGUAAACAUAUCUUUUAGAACAAUAAACUGUUCGAGAGAGAUAGAACAGAAUGUUAUGCAAAAAAGAAACAAGUGUAAGAUUUUCAAUCACAGAAAUUUUUACUAACCGUGUUGGGAUAGUAAGGCUCAUUUUUAGUAACCAAAUGUUAGAAACUACUAAUGGUUGGUUAAUGGGUUACCAUUAUUUUUGAGGCGUGUGUGUAAUCGCUGAAACCCUAAAAGCACUAAAACUAACACUACAGCAAUAUUUGUUUUUAAUAAGUGCGACGAGCAGUUCAUGUGUUUGAAAGUAAUUUCCCUGUAUUAUCAUAAAACUGCAUAAUUGUGUUAUAAUCCCUGAUGAAAUAAGUUUAAUUUGUACUCUGCCAUAAUUCUGAAGUGCUCAAAUAUCAGUUAUCUGUCAUUUAUUAACAUUGCAAAUUGAAGAUUCGAUCGACCCUGAUAACUCGAACCCUCGCUAGGUCAAACUGUUUUUGGUUUCCCUGCUGAGUUUGAGUUAACGGGGUUCUACUGUUAAGCACAAAUGGUGGUUGUGUGUUGAGUUGUCUGGUGUACCGUUUGCAAGUCAUCUUGCACUUAUUUCAUCCCAGAAUUGGUCUGAGACAAAAAGUAAAACACAUUCUAAAUAACUUGUUUUUGACAAUGCUUUAUUUCACUGAUGGUACCAUGUAAAAAAGCUUCUUAAGAGAUUUUAUUUAAAAAAAUUAACUUCACAAGAUUUUGUCCACAGACUUUAAAGUUAGAAACACAUAUCUAUUUACUUAGGUUCACCAGUGCUGGCGGGUCACUGCAACAGCAUGUGGCACCAGAUACGGCGGGCACAUAACAGUCCCUCCCCCUGUGAGAGAUAGACCACACCACCGGGGACUACUCCCCCUACUUUUUACGAACAGUGUGUGGUUCUUUAAUGUCCCACAGAAUUUAUCAGUGCAAGGGUUGUGAGACAGGGCCUACUGUUUAUUGUCCUUAUCCAAGAAGACUAGAAAGUCUUAUCAUUUACAGAUGUCUUUAUAAAGACAGCACUUUCUGCUCAGUUAUUUAAAGACCUUGGGUGUUGGUCUGGCUGGGGUUUGAACGAGUGACCUUCCACUUGGCAGAGCAGCACUUAUUCAACUGAGCUAACAGGUGGUGGUUAGGAGAAAAAGAGUAAUGGGGUCAGAUCUCCUGCACACACCUCUGGGACCAGGGGAAUGGUCCUCUUAUGAGAGUCUGCCUACAGUGUAUGGCUUCAGAGGUUAGAGAUGCAGUUUUUAGAUGUAUAACUGGCUUGAGCAAGACCAGGUAUCCACUUACAGGACUCAUGUGUUUCCCUGACAGAUAUCCAUUAACUCAGAAAGAUUUUCCAUUCUCAUGUUUGAAAUGUAAUGAUGACUGGCAUUUUUAAGACUUCUAAACUGUAGAGCAAAAUGUCAUAUAGUUGAAUGCAUGCACUCUAAGCUAUAUGUGCACUGUGAGAGUAUCUACAAGAAUGUUUUCAGACUAACAUCAGCCGCAAAAUAUUACACCCUACUAUAGCCCACAGCAAAAUAUGCCUCCUUUGCAGGCUAUACAUGUACAUACUAUUCAUUAUUUAAGAAUAUUCAGCCUGGGCUUAAAAAACAUUAAGUUCACUCCAUCUAAAUAAUUGUGUUUUACACUUGUACAUUGUUUGGUUUGUGUGUUUUGUAGGUCUUAAAAUGGGACAAAGUGACACUGAAAGUACCUCUUCAUCCAUGAGAGGAAAUCCAGGGUCUCCACGAGACAUUUCUGUUCUCCUAGAUGAACCUAAUAUUGACAUUCCAAGCUUUCAUCACCUGGCACCAAUAUCACCAUCAGCAUCGACCUCAUCGAGUGAAACCAGUGAUCUUGAUACCUCAGUUAUAAUAACAAACCAAACUCCCAAACGCCCAGAGAUUCCUGUCAUUGAUCUCACAUCACCUGAUGGGGAGGGAGAAGAAGGCGCGGCAAGAGUACAGGGUGGGGCAGCAGCGGCAGUACCUGCACCUUGGUAAGAACAAAGCUACAUUUAUAUAAGGUCACAAUGGCUUGAUGCAAUGCUGGAAAGCUACUUAUUAAUUGCUGUUAAGAAUAUAGUUUAGACAGUUUAGAGUGGGGUGCAUCCACACUAUACAUCUACAUGUGACUUGAGAGGGGGUGUCACCAAGAACUGGCGACCGGAUAAUUGCUAAAAGUGAGCCUACCACUGCUUUAAAUUGCCUUGGAAAUUGUUUCAUAGUACAAUGAUCUUGUGCACUUAAUGUGUGAUUCACGGAACACAUGUAUGUAACUUUGACUGAUAGAGUGUAACUAUCAGUAAACUUGUUUGGUUUGGCCUUCAUGUAAGUAUGCUGUUUAAGGCAAUAAAAUUGGGUUGAUAAUGUCGCUCUGCAUUCAACCAGCCCUAAAGUUGUCAGUCAAAAUUCUCUAAUAUUAAGUUCUAUUUUCCUUUAUGUUCAAUCUAUUGAUCCUUCUCCUUCCCUUUCUUUCAGUGAGGACUUUGCUCAGUUUGCUCAAAAUUUCCGUUGGCGCCUACAAGCUCGUGAUCCCCGAGGUCAGCGUAUAGCUUUAAAUGAAAGCCGUUUACGUGCACGUCGAUUACGAGGAAGGCAUACCCCUUAUUCAAGUUUAUGGGACAGAGGUCCUUCACCUGGACCAAGACACGAAGCACUACUAGCUGAAUUUGCUGACAUUGCACCAAGGCCAAGUCUCUCCGGUGAUAGUGCUUCUCCUAUUGUCAUAGAUGAUGAGGUAAAAAACGAUGUUCAUAAUUUUAUUUUGAAACUGAUACAUUGUUCUGGGGAUUUACAUGUAACUUACCUAUAGGGCUACCACUAGGAUUUCAAGUUGCCAGGCAUUAUACAAUAUUAGGGAGCAGGGAAAAGCAGGGCUCCAAAAAAAAAAACGUGAAGUCCAGCUUGUCCUUUGGUCAAGCAGCUCUCACAUUUUGCUUGCACCAGACCACUUGUUGCUCAUCUUACAGGGUUCAUAUGCAUCCUUUUUCAAGGCCUAGAAAGUCCUUGAAAUUCUCCUUCAUUCAUUUUGGUCCUUCAAAGUUCCUGAGUUUUGAUUGAGGAACAUUUUCAAACCUUCAAAAAACUUUGAAAAAGGCUAGUUUGAAGCCGACAGAAUAAAAUCAGCGUUGAGUAAAUGAAAGUAAGGUAUGGACUCUCAAACAAAUUUUCAUAAAAAUGGUUGCCCUUUAGAACAAAAGCCCAUUAUUAUCAGUUAUUCAAAGUUUAUUUGGAAUGUGUGUGAAAAGUAACAAAUUAGGUCCUUGAAAUUUAAAAUAUUUUAUUGUGGUUCUUGAAAGUCCUUGAAUUUUAUAUAGGAAGAAGUGUUCGAACCCUGGUCUUAUAGUUAAUGAUCUUGAACAUUACAGGAUGACCCUUGCCCAUUGGGCAAGAAACCUUUUAAAGUUACUUGCCCAGCAAGAAAAUUUGCUUGUCCCGGACUACCAGAUGGGACUAUUCGAGCCCUGAAUUGAAUAGCUAAGAAGUUCUUUUGCUCUUUUCUUUCAUUUUGCUUCCUUCGAAAGAAGCUAGGGGUCAUUCUUAUAAAGUAAAGGGGCAACAUAAGUCGGUCUGAUAGAGUGGAAUUGGUGGAGUAAGCCAUCAGGCUAGCUCAUUUUAGUUACGAAUUGACUGACAGGCAAGCAACAUUUGCUGUGAUAAAGUACAUGUAAGCUUUAGUGAAUUGGGGUUGGUUCAAUUAAAAGGUCACAAAUUCAAAACAACUGGUGUUUCUUUUAAUGGUAAUUCCAUCAUGACAUUUUGUGUGCUACACUGUUAAAUAGUCACCAAUUAAAACCAUUUCUGAGAAAAAUUCAAACUUUUCUUGUGGCCACCUAUCAAACUUUCCCUUUGUGUCAUGGGGUGGAUUAUAUUAUUAGGUGUAUUGCAUUUACCCCAAAACAGUCAAAACUUCCAACAGGAAAAUAUAACAGUUUCACAGAAAAAACAAUUAACAAUUUUUCCUCGAGUCCAAAUGGGCUCUGAGUCAAUAGCCCAUGAGGCUGAAGGCCGAAUGGGCUAUUGACUCAGAGGCCAUAAGGGCGAGAGGAAUAAUUGCUUUAGUAAAAUCCAACUAGUUGGUCAAAAAUAUCAAGAAUAAAAAACUUUUAGCUAGUUAAAGCUAGACUUUAAUCCUUUUUUGCCGCCAAAAAGCGCGCGCUUUUCGCCACUAUUGGGCUAUAACAUAUAGCCUAGUAGUAGCUCAACCAAUCAGAAUGCAGCUUUGAUAAUAGACCACUAGUUGGAUUUUACUAAUAAUAAAUAGACUGUAAUCACGUGCUCUCUCUAGACAGCUAUUUUUAUUAGAUCAGAGUCCCAAUACUCAUGCUAUUAAUUUGUAACAAUGAAAAUAAUUUUAGUUGUGUAUAUUCUAGGUACUUAAGGUGUCCAAUAUUAUAGAGUUGUUUGUUCUGAGGGUUGACAGUACAGCUGUACAUGUUCUUUAGCAGUAAUUUUAGUAUUUUACAGUGGGAAUUUUUUGUAUCUUUAACAUUUGGUUUGGGAAAAAAAAAGUGUUAAACACCUUGCCCUUUUGUUAAGUUAUUAUGUGCUAUUCUUUUGUUUUGUAGCGAUCUGCUUUUGCUCAACACCACGUCCCUCCAAAUGAUGCUUCCAGCUGGUUUCUGUCUGAUAGGCAACACCGCAUGGAACGGUUUCGUCGUCGCCUCAGUGCUUCCCGGCAAGCUGCAGGAAGGUGCUUCCUUCAAUCAGAUGAAGCUCUUGCUCACAGACUUCAACAAGUAAUUGACUUGUUCUUUAUAUUUAAUUUAUUGUUAACUCUUGUGUUGAGUAACAAAGGACAUAAAUUUACAAAGUUAUGCUUUGAACAGAAUGAUAAUUAAACAAUGAAGUUCACUAAUCUUUGCAUUUGAGGACCUUAUUUACAGACUAAAGACACUGAAUAGCAAUUUAAAGUAGUCCUUAAAAGUUUCAUUUAAAUAGUCACACCGCAGGAUGUUUUCACACCAAUAAACUUAAAGGAAAAAGUGACGAACAGCUCCCCCAAAAAGCUGUUUGCUGACUUAUCAGCCAACUGUUGGCCGGCAGUUUGUCAACAUUUUGCUGACAGUUGGCCAACAGUUGGUGUUAGAGUGAUCUUGUAAAGCUUAAAACAGUAAUAAGUACAAAGCAGAUCUUUGCAGUUCAAGAUACAGUUGCAUUUGCAAGGUUUUUCUUUGAAUUAUUUUACUUCUUCAUUCCACAGUUCCAGUAUAAUUGUGAAAUUCAUUUAUUCGUUAUUUCAUUAUCAAACAGUAUUUGCAUAAAAACAAAUCACAUGGUUUAAGAAUCACUAUAAUCUUAUGUUGGCCCAUCACAGUUUUAUAACUAUUUUUUAUUUUCCUUUUUAGGCUGAAUAUGCUCAAGAAGUAGAAGAGCAUAAUCAAAGUAUUAGAGACGCAACUCAACCCGCUGCAGCCAGAGCUGGAGCAUUGCAUGCAUUUCCAACUACAAUGGUAAAUACAGUACACUAAAAACUUACUUUUGUAUUUUCUUCUCUUCUUGUACACUACAGCUGUAUGUGUUCAAUGAUCUAACCUUUACAUGUAAUGCAUUCUUUUCUAAGGUCUUUGCACAGUUGUACAUGUACAUACAUGUAAAUGUAUGUUAACUAUCAUCCCUAGAACCCCAAGAUCAAUAUUCAAAAUUUAAAAAAGUGAAAUACAUAUAGUAUUUACUCAAUUAAGUGCUGAGGCACUUUUUAAAUUUUUGGCACCUCCAGUACUGUGCUUAGUCUAGGGUGGCGCUUAUUUCAGGGCGGCAUUUAUCUGAAAUUUGGAUGCAACAAAGAAUCAUAUGAACUUCGGUAUUAUUAUAUUGCGUAGUAAACUAACAGAAUUAACAUCUCUAGAUUUUGAUUAUAUCAGGGCCACGUCGCUUAUUUGGGGGCGGUGCUUGUCUUCUUUUUUUCUCCCAAUUGAAGCACUUAUUCAAGGGCAGCUCUUAAUUUGGGGCAGUGCUUGUAGCAAUUGAACUUCCUUUGUAAGACAAUCCUCUAUUAUAGAAAGCUAUAACAAACUUAACACAGUCACUUCAAAAUAACUAUUAAGACACAGCUCUAUUGCAGACAGUUAUGCAAGCCCCAAAGAUACUAAACAAGCCUUACCUGUAUAAUCUGGACACUCAGCUUUAUUAUGGACAGGUGUCACAUUCAAAUAACCCCUGUCUUUAAUAAGAACACCUCUGAAAAUGCAUACCACAGCUAAGUUCUGAAAGCUAUAGCAAACUUAACACAAUCGCUUCAACUAUUAAGACACGGCUCUAUUACAGACAGUUGUGUAAGCCCCAAAGAUAAUAAACAGGCCUUUCCUCUAUAAUAUGGACACCCAGCUUUACUAUGAACAAGUGUCACAGUCAAAUGGCAUCAAUCUUUAUCUUUUUCCACCUUUUUAAUGAGAACACCACGGGAAUGCAUACAUAUGCAGGCCUGUGCCCUAGGAGAGCUUGGUGGCCCCCGGCGCCUAACUUUUGCUGCUGGGCGACUGUAAAAUCUUUGCUUUUUAAUACAAAUCAUAUGCAGGGCACUCCUACUAAGACUUUAGUUCAGAGCACUAGGCUCCCUUCAUUCUUCUUUGGAGCACAUCCUUACAUGUAUGUGAUUUAGCCCCUUUAGCUGCCAAAUUAAAAGUAAAUUUCGACCAAAUAUCCAAAUUUCAUUUUAUUAAAAACAUUAAUAGCACCAUCUAAAAGUACAGGCAGAGAGGUCAAUGAUGAUCAAAUUUCAUUUUAUUAAAAAAUUUAGAGACAUUAAAAAUCUCAUCUAAACUCAUUAAUAAUUCAUUAAGUACAAAGGCAGAGGAUUCAUAUGAAUGAUUUGCAUCACAAUUUCUCCUUCAAAAAUGAUUUUGUUUGAGAAGAAAUAUCAAACAUUCCACAGACUCAGAAUUUAGAGACACCUUAAAAUCUCCAUCAAGAACUCUGGCAGUGAAAGGGUUAAUGAUAUAUUACAUCAAGAACUCUGGCAGUGAAAGGGUUAAGACAUACGGGUACUAAACAAGCCUUACAUCUUACAUAUGGACACCCCACUUUAUUAUGGACAGGUGUCACUGUCAAAUGACACCUACAGUGUAUCUUUAUCUUACUUCACCCUUUUAAUAAGAACACCUCUGAAACGCAUGCAGACAUGACAUGAAUGCGAUGUAUUUUUCUCUGCCACAGCUAAGUGGUCUGAGGCAAAUAAUAAAAUGUUUGACUUCAAUGUUUAUGUUUUGCUUUUCUUUAGUCUCAGAAUUUUUAUGCUUUUUUUGUAGCAUCAGCCAUCACCAUUGCAGGUGAGACGUAGGCGUCCAUUCCAUGCGCCGUUUGCAAGUCAAGGAUUACCAGAACUUUUGCUUCCUUUUGUGUAAGUUCCUUUUUAAAGUUUAUUACAAACACUUGGUGAUCCAGACUGUUGCACAAUUAUUGGUUUGUUGACUUUUCUCUUGAUUGUCAGUUAAGUGGUACAUAGUACUAUGUUUUCGGACCUCACUAAAAGUAAUUAUUUUCAAUCAUUAAUAUUUAAACGUGGCUGAAUGAAAUUUAGUCAAAUUAAACUCAAGACAUGGCUGUCAAGCUGUGUUGUCGGAGAUUUGCAUGCAGGCCUUAAUCACGUCACAGGUGCUCAAAGCUUUUGAGGUCCCAGGCCAUUACAUUGGUGUGUCAUUGCCUGUCAUGGUUUGUGCCUGCAAAUGUUUUUCUGCUCCCUGCCCUCCCCCCCCCCUUGUGGUAAGUAUAUGAUAAUUAUGUUAGGUUCCACUGGUUAGCAGUGUGACAGUACCUGGGUGGAUGCCACUCUCAGGGUUGUCAAGGUUACGCAUUGCUCUCAGCUAUAGUUCUGGGCCCUACCACCAUCACAGCCAUCUCCCCCCAUGCUCAUCUAUGAUGAUGAGUUUAAUAUUAAAUGAUACAAAAUUAAUAUUUAAUGUAUAAUAAUUUAUGAUUAGUUAUUUUGAUUGAAGGUAUUCCUUGAAAUAAAAGUAAAAAUAUCUGCAUUGAUUUUCUAGGUCUGUUGUGUCUUUCCCUCCUCCUCCGCUUCAUCACUAUGGCGAUUCAAGCCCAGGGCACUCAAAUGAAGGAGAGGAUUAUGAGGUAAAAGAAACAACAUCAGCAACUUAUGAAAAACAUAAAGUGUUAUGUGAGUUGACAGUUGGUGCUCAUAAACAGAAAAUGUAUUCUGGGUGUUAUAAAAAGUCACAAGAUAAAUAUCCAGUCUGCAAAAUAGAAUGCCUUUCUUGUGGGUUUACUUUGAGUCAUUUUUGAAAACAUACGAUACUUAUGUAAUAUAAUAUAUUUUGUGCCAAGAUUCACAGAAAAACCUUAAGAGGAAUUUUAAGAUGUCUUGAAAUUUUCGUGCAUGAACCAAAGGCUGGUAUGCUCAGUGCAAAACCAGCUAAUCGCCUUGAAAAACCAGGUUUUCUGAGAGAGCUUGGGACAGAAUUAUUUUUAAGUUCUUAUGUCUUGUAUGUCUUGCAGGCUCUGUGGAAUCUUAGUGAAAGGAUAGGAUUAGCUAAGGCUCGCGGACUCAGCAAGGAAGGUAUGUGUCAUUUCAGUCAUUUUAUUCUCUAUACAUAAAUAAAGAGAAACCCUGAUAUCCACAUACAAUUUCUCCAGACUGGUAUGUAUAUGUUACCUCAAAGAACUAGUCAAGAGAAUUUGGUUAAAAAUCAAAGCUUUUGCCCUCAGGGGAUCCCCUAACACUUUCACUGCCAGAGUGCUCGAUGGAGUUUUGUAAGGUGACUGUAACUUUUGAGUCUGUGGACGAAAUCGUAUGAUGUGGCCAUUCAAAUGAAAGCUCACUACCUAUACUUACACAGGGUGCUAUUAUUUUGUUUUUCAAAAUUUCACAAAAUGAAAUUUGGACAUUUGGUUGAAAUUUGCUUUUGGCUAAAUUUGGCAGUGAAAGGGUUAAUCAAUUCGCAUAGCCUUUUCUCUUGAUUGUAUAUGGAUACUGUUGGGAGAAAAUUGGGACAUAAAGGGUUAAGGUUUGAAAACAUAAAGUGCAGAAACCUAAAUUUUUCACCUGAUUUUUGUUUCAGUGAUAGACAGCAUUCCAUCGUUCCGCUACAGUGCCAGCUCAAAAGAUUCCUCGAACGGUAACUGCGUGGUUUGUAUGAGUAAUUACAUCAACAGGGAAAAACUGCGGCGGUUACCUUGUAAUCAUGACUUCCACGCCAAGUGCAUUGAUCGGUGGCUAAAGGUGAGGUCAUUUUUUAAUAAAUAUUAUCUUAUAAAAAAGAAAGUUGCCAAAAAUAUUAAGAGCGCAGAAACAAAACUGCAGUCGACUCCCGAUAACUGGAAUGCGAAUCUCUGCUAAAUCGGACAAAAAUCGAAUUCACCUAAGCUAACUCUUCAGUUUAAAGGCUCGGGGUCAUAAUGCUGCCAUGCUUUUAAAACAACCAAAUUUUCAUUUCGUGGUGUACUAAUUCAUAUUAUUAUUACUAUUAUUAUAAUUUUCAGAACAAUCGCACUUGCCCAGUAUGUAGAGAAGAAAUCAUAGAGUCUUGAUGAUGGCGCUGUUUUUUUAGACAAGCAUUAGUUGUAAAUCAGUAGCAUUUGUGGUGUUUAGAAGCCUUAUUUGUUAGUUACUCUGCAUUGAAACUAUGUUCUGUGUCUAAGGGAGGCUAUCUUUUAUCAGGCAUAUUUUUUCAGUUAGGCUUAGGAAAACAAUUUAUUUGGAGCAUUUAUAGAAUUAUCAUCGAUUCUCAGCUAAUGCUUGCAUGUAGCACCUUUAAAAACCUCACUAGUCGAUUCAGCAUUUUACUAGUUUAAAGUUGAUUGUAACUUCAGGUUUCUGCUGAGGGACUGGAAGUGAACUAAUUUAUGGUUAUGUUUAAAAAUCUUUAUAGGAGUUCAAUAUUCUAGGUUUCAGUCUAAAACAUUCUAAACGUGAGUUUGUUACAUCCAUUCAAGACACAAACGUUUCAGUUUGUCAUUAAGGAACGUAUAACAGUCGUUUUGGGCGUGAAUCACCAAUUUGUGAGACUGCGUGGAGAAGCUAUGUCAUUCUAGACAGGGCAAAUUUGCUAUACCCUCUCUAUUAGAAAAAGUGGGUUUGAAAUAUUAUUACUUUUAAUGCAGCCACAUCUUUUAAAAACAAAUUUGUUUUGCGUAAUCAUAUGACCAAAAAUACUUUUUUGUUACCUUCCUCGCUGUUUUUGCUACAAAAUCUCGAUAAGCAUGACCUAAAAAUAAAUAUCCUUAAAUUUGACGUUGAAUGCAAGUGCUCUUUUCGGCUGUAGAAGGUUAUUUUGUUCAUGGCCAAUCUGGACUUCACAAAAUCGCUUUGAAUUGCAAUGUGUAAUGGAAAUUGCUUUUACACACACUGUCACCUAAGAAAUUCAAAUAGAAAAUCAUUUUGAAAAUUUACCAGGCAGGGGACCUUCAUAUAAAUAGUUAAGGAAUAACUUUGAAAUUGCAUCUAGGGAGUUUAAGAGCUUUCGCUGUGUAUACACUGAGGAGCC